UUCUCAGCCGUGCUCAAGUUUACACAAACAACAUAGACGUUAAACAACCACACAAAGGAUUUGACAGUGAUUGCUUCUCUCUCUUGUUUCACUUUUAAGCCAAAAGAGAGAUAUUGCGAUAUCAAAAAGCAGAAAACUCUCGUGCAACUAAUUUAUUCAUUAGCUACAAUUUUUUAUUGUUUUUUAUCCAGGUAUCUCGAGUCAAAGCUGGGUUCUGAGACUCAUCCUGAUCAAAGGGAUUUUAGGUCCAGUGAAGAUUAUUAAUUUUAUUUGAUAAGCAUAUUGUUGAUGGCAACUACAGAGGCAAUCCUGCAAGUUCUGUCUGGGGCUGGUCCUUGCGUUUUUAGCUCUGACCCUUGUUUUCGCAGUUCAGAUUUGACAUUCUCUUCUAAACUCCACAUAAAACGUGUAAAGAAAAGGUCCUCAAGGUGUAUGAAAAUGUUCAAGUGUUCGAAUGUUCUGCAGAAUGGUAUAGGAAACCACUGGUUUAAGGGAUUAGGUGAUAGAGAUCUGUCUGUGAAUGCAACGAUCAACAGAUUGCAGUUUCUGAGGUGCAAAGGCCCUCAGGCAGAAAGAGUUAGUGGUGCAACUGAAGGAGGAAAUGGAACAUGGUUUGUAGAUGGUGCAAAUACAUUAAACCUGAAUGGGGUGGCGUCUGGUGAACACACUGACUGUUUUGGAGCUUGGGAUGCUCAGCAGUUGACACGGGAAAAGGAGGGUUUUGCAUCUAAAGGUGCCCUAAACCAGGAAAAGGAGAGUUUGGCAACUAAUGGUGCGGUAGGAACAGGUAGAGAUGCCUCUCCCAAGGUCAGUGUAGAUCCUAUUGAGGAAGAAGCAUGGGAGCUGCUGCGGAAUUCUAUGGUUUAUUAUUGUGGCAGUCCUAUUGGAACGAUUGCUGCCAAUGAUCCUACCAGUUCUAGCGUGUUAAAUUAUGACCAGGUCUUCAUUAGAGACUUCAUACCUUCUGGCAUUGCUUUUCUUUUGAAGGGAGAAUAUGAUAUUGUCCGGAACUUCCUCCUUCAUACACUUCAGUUGCAGAGUUGGGAGAAAACAAUGGACUGUCACAGUCCUGGACAGGGAUUGAUGCCUGCUAGUUUCAAGGUGCGCACGGUUCGUUUGGAUGGUGAUGAUGAUUUUGCAACAGAGGAGGUAUUGGAUCCUGACUUUGGAGAGGCAGCAAUUGGCCGUGUUGCACCAGUUGAUUCUGGAUUAUGGUGGAUUAUUUUAUUACGUGCAUAUGGGAAAUGCUCUGGUGACCUCUCACUUCAGGAGAGGAUCGAUGUGCAGACUGGAAUUAAGAUGAUUCUGAGGCUAUGUCUUGCUGAUGGUUUUGAUAUGUUUCCAACAUUGUUGGUGACAGAUGGUUCUUGCAUGAUAGAUCGCCGUAUGGGAAUUCACGGGCACCCUCUAGAAAUCCAGGCACUCUUUUAUUCCGCCUUACUUUGUGCAAGGGAGAUGCUUGCUCCAGAAGAUGGAUCGGCUGAUCUCAUCCGAGCUUUGAACAAUCGUCUAGUGGCUCUUUCAUUCCAUAUCAGAGAGUAUUAUUGGAUUGAUUUAAGAAAACUAAAUGAGAUUUACCGUUACAAGACCGAAGAGUACUCAUAUGAUGCAGUCAAUAAGUUCAACAUUUACCCAGAUCAGGUUUCUCCCUGGUUGGUGGAAUGGAUGCCCAACCAAGGAGGCUAUCUUAUUGGAAACUUGCAACCAGCUCAUAUGGAUUUCCGAUUCUUUUCUCUUGGAAAUAUAUGGUCCAUUGUUAGUGGUCUUGCAACAAGAGAUCAGUCAAAUGCGAUAUUGGAUUUCAUUGAAGCCAAGUGGUCUGAUUUGAUAGCAGACAUGCCAUUGAAGAUCUGUUAUCCUGCUCUUGAAGGUCAGGAGUGGCAGAUUAUCACUGGAAGUGAUCCUAAGAACACGCCUUGGUCCUAUCACAAUGCUGGUUCCUGGCCAACUCUUCUCUGGCAGCUGACAGCUGCAUGCAUAAAGAUGAAUAGACCAGAAAUUGCUGCAAGAGCGGUCGAGAUUGCUGAGAAACGCAUAGCACGUGACAAAUGGCCUGAAUAUUAUGACACCAAAAAAGCAAGGUUCAUUGGAAAACAAGCACAUCUGUUCCAGACAUGGUCAAUUGCUGGGUACCUUGUGGCUAAGCUCUUGCUUGCAGACCCAAGUGCAGCCCGGAUGCUCGUGAUGGAUGAGGAUCCUGAGCUUGUCAGCACCUUCUCCUGCAUGAUCAGUACUAACCCAAGGAGAAAGCGUGGACAGAAGAAUUCGAAAAAGACAUUCAUGGUGUAAAUUACUGAGCUGUCUCUACGGAACUACAGAACCAGGGCACUUGUUCUCUUGAUUCGAGAACUAAUUAUCAAAGUGCCUAUUGGUACCUAUAAUGAAUUGGUUUACAAAGUAUAAUACAAGUAAUCAAACAUCUUCUAAUUCAUUUGGACGAACAAGGUGAAAUUUCAAUCCCACCUUAUUUUAUGUACCGUAGUAUUGAUCUAGUAAAAAUCAUGUAAAUAAAUAUGGAGCUAUAGGAUAAUACUUGAAACCCUUGAUGUGGAUGGGACUUUGGUGAUUGAAUUUGCUUGUAACUUUUACAUCAUUUCUGUUUUCUUGAGAAACUGUAAGAGAAACAGAUGCAUAUAUUGAAGUUAAUUAACUUUUACACUA